AUGUACUAUUAUUUGGUAUUAGUACUUUUAGUCUCUUCAAUGUUUACACAUUUGGAUGGGAUUCCUUGUUUCCAUGCGAGGCAUAGAAGAAGUAUCACGCCCGGUGUGUGGUGCUGUGAAGGGGAACUUCUUCCCCCUUUGGAUACUGUCUUGGAGUCCCGUCGCUGUGAUGCCAAGUCUAUAGUCGCAGCAGGGAAUCGUUACUGUAAAGUGUGCAAGACUGCAAUCUGGCGAGACUUGAUCCGAUUGCGACAACAUACAGCUUACUCGCAAUUGAGUAGUUACACGUAG